AUGCACUUCCACCUCUGGGUUUUCUUCGUUGUUCUGCGGCCGAUAGAUGCGAUAUGGCCAGAACCUGCGGAGUGGUCAACGGGAAGUCAAGUAUCUUGGCUUGGAGAUGCUCCGGAGGUGACGCUUCGUUGCGAGGAUAGGUCGUCCAUCCUCCAAACUCGUGGACGCCAGCGGCCAAAGAACCAUUUCACGAGCCUUAUGUACAAUUUGCUCUAUCCUGCAGAAGCUGUAUGGAGCCAUUUUCAAUCGCUCCCAGAACAAGAAAACUGGCAGGUAGAUGGCAAAGAUUUCUCUGAGAAUUAUAUACUGCAUGAGGCGGCAUACGAGACAAUCAACUCGAUACAAAACUCGAGGUUCGUACCCUGGAAAAUGCAUAAACGCAAUGAGGCCUUCGAGCCACAUCCUGAUUCCCCGCGUCAUGAACUUUUGGCUCUGCAGAUACAGCUAUCACUUUGUCCCAGAAACAGCACGUUUGAUCCGGAUACAUUCUUCGACGGCGAUGAGUCUUAUGAGCUGGCCGUAGCCAACGAAACAGCCAUAUUGAGAUCUAAUUCCACUCUUGGCAGUCUACGCGGCCUUCAGACAUUCAAACAACUCUUCUACGCACACUCGAGUAUAUCUGGCGUCUACAUACCGUAUAUUCCAGUACACAUCUCGGAUCGCCCAAAGUGGCGACAUCGUGGGCUGAGCAUUGACAUAGCCCGGAAUCCAUUCAAGCCGCAGGAUCUGAUACGGACCAUAGAGGCCAUGGCUACGACGAAAAUGAGUCGCCUGCACGUGCACGCAACAGAUUCACAGAGCUGGCCCCUUGAGAUACCUUCUCUCCCCGAUCUCGCACGCAAGGGAGCCUACCAUCCUGAUCUGGUAUGGACGGCGGAAGAUCUGAAAGGGAUUCAGCUGUACGGUGUAUCCAAGGGCAUCUCUGUCUUUAUCGAGAUUGACAUGCCCGGGCACACUGCAUCAGUUGCACACGCCUUUCCAAAUCUCAUAGCGGCAUUCGACGAACUCGACUGGUCUACGUUUGCUGCGGAGCCCCUCAGUGGACAGCUGAAACUGAAUUCGACAGCGGUCUACGACUUCUUACAGGACGUGCUGACAGAUCUCCUAACCCGAACUUCGCCGUACACUUCCUUCUAUCAUAUUGGAGGUGAUGAAGUUAAUCUUCCAGCAUACCUCUUGGACGACACAGUUCGCAGCGAUGACCCGGCCGUUCUGCAGCCCCUCCUGCAACAAUUUGUUAACCAUGCAAUAGCGCUGUGUGCUAAGCAUAGGUUGCAACCAAUUGUUUGGGAGGAACUGGUACUGGACUGGAAUCUGACUUUUCCCUCAGCCAAAGAUACGUCGAAAGGAACAUUAGUGCAAGUUUGGAGGAACAGCAACCGCAUUGAAGAAGUACUGAAGAAAGGACAUCGUGUAGUCUUCGGUGACUUUAAACAUUGGUAUCUCGAUUGUAAGCGCUUCAAAUUCUGGAAGUUGUGA